AUGUGUUCCUUCAAAAAGUGGUUCCAUUUGUUCAUCAUUUUCCAUGCCUUGGCUGCAACUCCAAUCUUCUCGUUAACAGAUUCCUCUGACCAACACUCCACAAACUUUCUGGAUAUUGCCAAGAAGGCUGAAGUGUUUGAUUGGAUGGUCAAAAUCCGAAGGAAGAUUCAUGAGAAUCCAGAAUUGGGUUAUGAGGAGUUCAAGACUAGUGAAGUGAUUAGAGCAGAGUUGGAUAAACUGAGCAUCCCAUAUCAACAUCCAGUUGCAGUCACAGGUGUUAUUGGGUUCAUAGGAACAGGAAGCUCACCAUUUGUUGCAUUAAGAGCUGACAUGGAUGCACUUCCAGUUCAGGAAAUGGUGGAGUGGGAGCACAAGAGUAAAGUAGCUGGAAAGAUGCACGCAUGUGGCCAUGAUGCUCAUGUCGCUAUGCUUCUUGGUGCAGCAAAGAUUCUCAAACAGCAUGAAAAAGAGAUACAUGGAACUGUUGUUCUUGUUUUCCAACCAGCAGAGGAAGGAGGUGGAGGGGCUAAGAAAAUUUUAGAUGGUGGAGCCUUAAACAAUGUUACUGCCAUCUUUGGAUUACAUGUGCUGCCUACCAUUCCAGUUGGUGAAGUGUCUUCUAAAGCUGGUGCAGUAUUGGCAGGAGGUGCUGACUUUGAAGCCAUUAUAAGAGGAAAGGGAGGUCAUGCAGCUAUUCCCCAACUUUCUAUCGACCCUGUAGUUGCAGCUUCGAAUGUGGUCAUUAGCUUACAAAACAUUGUUUCUCGUGAGGCUGAUCCUCUUGAUCCCCAGGUUUUAACAGUUUCAAAGUUCCAAGGAGGUGGCACCUUCAAUGUUAUUCCAGAUUCUGUCACAAUUGGUGGCACAUUCCGAGCUUUUUCUACAGAAAGAUUGGAGCAACUUAAGCAGCGUAUUGAGCAGGUUAUCAUUGGUGAAGCUGCUGUUCAGAGGUGUAAUGCAAGUGUGAACUUUUUUGAUGAAGAGAAACCUUUAUAUCCUCCAACUAUAAAUGAUGGUGAUUUGCACAAGCUUUUUGUUGACGUAGCUGGGAAUUUGCUUGGUAUCAAUAACGUUAUUACGAACAUGCAACCAGACAUGGCCUCUGAAGAUUUUGCGUUCUAUCAAGAGGUCAUAGCUGGCUACUAUUUCGCGCUUGGAAUGAAGAAUGGUUCAGCUGAUGAACCUGUUCAACCAUUACAUUCACCAUAUCUCGUAAUCAAUGAAGAUGGACUUCCCUAUGGGGCUGCACUUCAUGCAUCAUUGGUUACUUGUUAUCUUACAAAAUAUCAACACAACAUAGCCAAGGUUGAGGGGAAACAUCAUGAUCAAUAA